AGCACAGCCGUUGGACACAAUUUUCAACCACCAACGACUUCGGACAUUUCUUAUUUACGCGACACGCAUUUCAUUACAGGGCAGACUUGACCUGCCCACAUCACUUCCCUCUUGCAAACCAAAACGAAUAAUCUCUGGAUAAUACAGAACGGAGGACGACACUGGGCACCAGCCUCUACCGAUCAAGUGCUGAUCCGGAUACACAGAGGACCUGGAUUGACACGGGUGACGACGACUUUUCUGGAUUUUGCAUACUAGUACUACUUUCCCGGCGAUGAACCCGGAUGAACGAAAAGAUAUGGAUAUUGGGGGUUGGAUCCACAGGUGGACGGUCAAGUGACUUUGUUGAACAAUGGAACGAUUUGGGUGGCGCUUGAAGUUCCCGGCGUUCCGAUUUUCGACAGAGGCAAGAGGACGGUGGACGGAGGGAGGAGACAGGAGCAGGAUCGGGAGAGGUCGACUAGUGGAUUUCUUGGGUAACUCCUACUUUUGGGUCGGCGGGCAGUCAUAGAGUCGGAGACGAAAGUCACGGCAUGAUGAUCUUGCGCCGACCUGGAGAGAAUGGCGAAACGCGCCCACACGGAAUUGAAAGCCUGGAGCAAGCGAUGAC